AUGGUGCAACUGGUCAGCGCCCCGAGCAACCUGCCGGAUCUCGUCCGCACGGCCUUUGCCCGUGCCCGAGCUGCCGGCGACCUCACCUUCUUCCCCACGCAAGUGGCCCUCCUACGCAUCAAUGGCAUUCCGCUCCAGCUCCGCUUCGCCCCGUCUCUGGCCAAGAAGCCCAAGACAGCAGACGCCAGCAAGAGCGCCAGCCAUUCUGGACCGACAUCGGUGCGUCCGUCGUUCGACCCCUUCGAAAACCCUCCGCCCGGUCUCCUGGUGCUGUCGCAGAUCGGGCCCGCCCACCGCCUCGUGCUCAACAAGUUUGCCAUCUGCCGGGACCACGCUAUCCUGGCAACGGUCGACUUUCGGCCGCAGAGCCACCUGCUGGCUGGCGACGAUCUGGCUGCAGCGUAUGCCUGCAUCGAGGCGUAUCAUGACCAGGGCCAGGAGCUGUUUGUCUUUUACAACAGUGGCGCCCACUCCGGGGCCAGCCAGCCGCACCGACACCUGCAGAUGCUGCCUGUGGCAUGCAUGCGCGAGGGCCUGAGCGAGGACGGCAGCGGCAGUGAUGCGUCUGUCUGGGGCGUCGCAGUCGAUCAGCUCACAAGACAGACAGCAGCAUCGACAAGGCCGGCAGAGCUUCCCUUUCACGUGGCUACAACCCCCAUACAUCGGGAUGAGGCCUCCCCGUCUGCCGAGUUGCUGCACGCCCUGUAUCUGCGCCUGUACCGACAGGCAUGUGUCGCUGCUGGCCUGUCAGCACAGGACGGGAUGGCCGAGGAGCAAGGCCAGGUGCCUGCUCGCCUGAGCUACAAUCUGGCCCUCACGCAAAAGACAAUGGCACUGUGUCCGCGCACGGCCGAGGGCAGUGCUGUCACCUCGUCCGACGGAACCAGCGUCGGCACGCUCUCACUGAACGGUACCGUACUGGCUGGCACGGCGCUGGUCAAGAACGAGACCGAGUGGUCGGCCCUGCGCCAGGAUCCCGGCCAGUUGACUCGCAUCCUGCGCCAGAUCGGUCUGCCCGCCGGGAGCGUGUCGUCGUCUAAAGAAGGGUCCGCAUCAUAA